AUGAUCUCCAUUACAGAAGAAACUAUGCCAGUCCCACUGUGCUUUAAGAUGAAUGGUUCCUGCUCAAGAACCCUCCAUCCCUUUGGAGUCCAGUUAGCCAUUUAUGUGGUCUGUGCUAUUGGUGUCUUAGUUACCAUUAUGGGGAAUCUCUUGGUGGUGAUUUCCAUCUUCCACUUCAAAAUACUUCACACUCCCACUAACUUCUUGCUACUCUCUCUUGCCCUGGCAGAUCUCCUCCUGGGCUUAACGGUCCUUCCCUUCAGCACAAUCCGCUCUGUGGAGAGCUGCUGGUAUUUUGGGGAUGACUUUUGCAGGCUCCACACUUUUCUGGACACAGUCUUUUGCUUGACUUCCAUACUUCACCUCUGUUUUAUCUCUGUCGACCGUCACUCUGCCAUCUGUGAUCCUUUGCUCUAUCCGACCAAGUUCACCAUACAGGUUGCUUGCAUCUACAUAGCCCUGGGGUGGGGGGUUCCUGUGGUUUACACGUCCAUCUUCCUUUACAACCAAGAAGUUGAGGAAGGGCUAGGCCAGUUUUUGCAAGACUUGCCCUGCGUUGGGAGUUGUCAGCUGCUGUACAACAAACUCUGGGGCUGGAUCAACUUCCCAGUCUUCUUCUUUCCCUGCCUCAUCAUGAUAGGGUUAUACACAAAAAUAUUUAUAGUGGCAACUAGACAAGCUAAACAGAUCAGCAACAUGAACAAAAAGCCCAGAGGGAGCAAACAUCAGACAGGAGCUGCAAAAAGAGAAAGGAAGGCAGCAAAAACCUUAGGUAUCGCAGUAGGAAUCUACCUCUUUUGCUGGUUGCCAUUUACCCUAGACACUAUGGUAGACAGCCUGCUGGAUUUCAUUACCCCUCCUGUUGUGUUUGAUGUUCUUAUUUGGUUUGCUUACUUUAAUUCUGCCUGUAACCCCUUGAUUUAUGUGUUUUCCUACCGUUGGUUCAGGAAAGCCGUGAAGCUCGUUUUAACGUGCCAGGCCUUCUCUACAGGAACAUCUUCAAUUGAUUUAUAUCAAGAGGAAUAA